UCAUGCACAGCCCUGGUCAGUUUUUAUCAGGACAGCUCUGUGUCGCCUCUGACUCUGAUGCAAAACACUCACACUGAAGAAAUCACGAAAACGGUGUUACAUUGUUUUUCUUUUCCUGCAAAAGGUAAACUCUCAGACUGAAGGAUUACUCUUCGAGAAGUGGCAAACACUGUGUUUUAUUAUUUCUCUGCUCCUCCAAAGAAUACCCGUGAUGAUCAGGGCACAGAUGGAUCUAAACAGCUUCAUGUUUCUCCUGGGCCUGUGCGCCAUCAAUAAGCUGUUUGUGGGGGCAAGCCCUGAAGAUGAUUACCAGGAACAUCUGACUCAUCAGGGUGAACAUCAGUCGACACGGAACCAAAUCGCCAUGGCCCAGUACGAAUGUUUCCAGCGCAUUGUGAAAGAAUCACACCGCAAAACAAAAACAAUAGCAGGACCAGAGUGCAACACCACGUGGGAUGGGUGGCUGUGCUGGGAUGCAACUGAAGUUGGCCUAACAGAGCAGAGCUGUCCAGACUACUAUAAAGAUUUUGACCCUCGUGCGAUGGCAUCCAAAGUCUGCACAGAGACAGGCGAGUGGGGACGCCACCCAGAGAGCAACAGGACAUGGACAAACUUCACAAAUUGCAAAGCCAACACCACACAUCACGGGACAGCGGCAAUGACUCACUUCUACUUGGUUAUGAUUGGUCAUGGCCUGUCGCUGGUAUCAUUGCUCAUAUCAUUAGGAAUAUUCUUCCAUUUUAAGAGCCUGAGCUGCCAGAGGAUAACACUCCACAAAAACCUCUUCCUCUCAUUCGUGCUAAACUCAAUCAUCACCGUCGUCUGGCUCACAACAGUGGUGAAGAAACAGGGACACACGUAUAACGAUUCUGCAAGCUGUAAGCUGCUCAUGUUCAUCCACCUGUAUCUGCUGAGCUGUAACUACUUCUGGAUGCUUUGUGAGGGCAUCUACCUGCACACUCUGAUUGUUGUGGCAGUGUUUGCAGAGAAACAGCAUCUCAUGUGGUAUUAUCUGCUGGGGUGGGGAUUUCCACUCGUGCCGGCGGUGAUACAUUCAAUAGCACGCCACUGCUACUACAAUGACAAAUGUUGGGUCAGCUCAGAUACUUCUUUGCUGUACAUUAUCCACGGCCCCAUCUGCGCAGCAUUGGUGGUGAAUCUUUUCUUCCUGCUGAACAUCGUUCGGGUUCUCAUCACCAAGCUGAGGGUGACGCACCAGGCCGAGUCCAGCCUCUACAUGAGGGCUGUGAGAGCCACCCUCAUCCUCAUCCCUCUGCUCGGCAUCCAGUUUGUCCUGCUCCCAUACAAGCCCCAGGAUCACUGGGUCUUUGAGAUCUACCUGUACAUCAUGGAAAUCCUCAUGCACUACCAGGGUCUCUUGGUUUCUACAAUAUUCUGCUUCUUUAAUGGGGAGGUCCAGAGCGUUCUGCGGAGACACUGGAAUCAGCAGCGGAUGCAGUUCGCCGGCACAUUCGCCAACGCCGACUUCUUCCGCUCAGCCUCCUACGUGGCGUCGUCGCUCACAGAGGUCCACCGCUGCUACAGCAUCGAAAGCCACACCGAGCACAUGAACGGCAAGAGCUACUCAGACAUAUUCAGAUCGGACAGCCCUUUCGUGUGAAGGUGGCCCUCGACGAUAGGCACUUGAGGCUCAGUGCACACUGUUUCUUUGACUUCUCCCAAGAUGUUACGAAGCUUGAUGUCAUUGUUUUCUUGGAGUUAUGCUACUGUUCAUGGCAGUAAAAACUUUUCUUUCCUUUGAUGUUUUUUCCAUCUCCCAGCCAAAAUAAACUCACAUAUUUUUACUUUUUCUUACAAAUAUUACCAAAACAGAAGGAGUUUGAGACCAAAGACACUGUUUCUUCAUCAUUAUUUACAUCCCACGAAUAUUCAAAGGGGCUCUGGCCGGACAUAAGGAAGACCCCAUGAAUCAACCAGCCUCACUGUAAAGUAUGAACACAAGGAAUUAAUGCUUUUUUGCAUCGUGUGGAAUAAACUUGAAGAGCCCUCAGUGAACAAGAAGACUGUAAUGAUGUUGCAAAGAGAGACGAUUUUUUUCUGGGCAUUUUGAGGAUAUUGAUGUAAUUUAAAAAUAGGUAGAUAUUAGCGAGGGUGAGAGGAAAUGCACGAAAACCCUGUUUAACCACCUCUCAAAAAUCUGAAAAAUAAUUUCAGGUUUUAGUUGUAGGCAUAACUCUGUGGUGGAACAUCUUUAAUGUGGCAGAGCCAUAGCCAGUGUCGCUGGGAGUUAGCCUCAUGGCUAGCUUGAAUAGCAAAGAAGGAGGAGGUCAAAAGGUAGGCAGUUAGCCUCUUUCUGCCAAGGGAGGCAAACUUUAUGCCUUCAAGAAAGUUAAAGAACAAAGUGCCACCAUUUCUGUGGUUAGUACCAUACAGAACUAGACAUGUAAAGUGUAAAAGAAAGUACUAAAAAAAGAAGAAACGAACAGCUAGCUUGCUUUGCUAAAUGUCAUUACUGCUUUUCUAUUUAAGUAAUAUUUCCUUCAGCUAAGUUAAAAAUAAAUAAUGAGGUUCACAAUAAAAUGUUGUCAGAAACGUAAACUUACACUGUCUUAUCAUGUCUGGCUUGGUGAUAGCUGCAUUAUCUCUUAAGUUAAUGCUCUGUUAGGCAAAUUAUUAUUUUUUUCUUCACAUCAGAUUAUUCCAAAAUGCUGGAGAGAUCAUUGUGAGAUGGUCACAGAGGAAAAUAUGACUGAAAACUGCUUGUAUUUGUACAUAUAUUUGAUUGGUUAUGAGUAUGACUUAUAUCAAGGCACAAAAUAUCAAUUAGAACUUUGUAUGUAGACAGCCCUUAGUGUACUUUGUAUAUUUUUCCAGUCCACUAGGAACACAUCAUUAUAAUUACUUAUGUUACCGCAAACUGCAGCUGGUUGAUUAAUACUAUAAAGAGUGAAAAUGUCAUUACAUUAUGUCGUUACAUGUUUUCAGAUUCUUUAAAGAUUUUGAUGUCCAGGAAAUAAACUCAGCAGGCACUGACUUAUAUUUCA